AUGGCCCAGCCCUACCCCCCCGCCCAGUACCCCCCUCCCCCUCAGAACGGCAUCCCUGCCGAGUACGCCCCGCCCCCGCCACACCCCACGCAGGACUACGCGGGCCAGACCCCCGUCCCCGCUGAGCACGGCAUGACCCUGUACACACCAGCACAGACGCACCCCGAGCAGCCCGGCACCGAGGCCAGCACACAGCCCAUCGCUGCCACCCAGACAGUGCCGCAAUUCGGGAAAAUUUUAGACGUGGAGAUCAUUUUUAACGAGCGAGGCUCCAAGGGUUUUGGGUUUGUAACUUUUGAAACUAGCUCAGAUGCUGACCGAGCCCGGGAGAAGCUGAAUGGCACGAUCGUAGAGGGACGGAAAAUUGAGGUCAAUAAUGCCACCGCCAGAGUCAUGACCAACAAGAAGACCGGCAACCCCUACACCAAUGGCUGGAAGCUCAACCCGGUGGUCGGUGCCGUCUACGGGCCUGAAUUCUAUGCAGUGACCGGCUUCCCCUACCCAACCACGGGCACAGCGGUUGCCUACCGGGGCGCGCACCUUCGGGGCCGGGGCCGGGCCGUGUAUAAUACGUUUCGAGCUGCACCACCUCCUCCUCCCAUCCCAACUUACGGAGCGGUCGUGUAUCAGGAUGGAUUUUAUGGUGCUGAGAUUUAUGGAGGCUACGCAGCCUACAGAUACGCUCAGCCCACAGCAGCAGCCGCUUACAGCGACAGUUAUGGCAGAGUCUAUGCAGCUGCUGACCCCUACCACCACACCAUCGGCCCCACGGCGACCUACAGCAUUGGAACCAUGGCUAGCCUCUGCCGAGGAGGGUACAGCCGGUUCACCCCCUACUAG